AACAAUUUAAUUGUGUCAAGUUUAAUUGUGCUAAUCAGUUUGGUAGUUGUUGUCUCGUUGUUUUAUAUUGAUUUUGUUUCAAGUUUAUUUGCUUAUCACUUUUUUUUAUGAUUUGGUUAUGAUUUUUGGCUGACAAUGAACUUGAAACAAUUAGAAUCAAUUUUGGAUGAUUUUGAUGAUUUCGAUGAACCAAAUAUACUCUUUGAACAAUAUGUGACACCAGGUUAUGUCGCUGCUCGAAUGCUUCAUACGAUUUCCCUUGAUGAUCACAUUAAAGGUAAAACAAUCGUCGAUUUGGGAACUGGACCUGGAAUUCUUGCCAUUGGAUCAGCGCUUUUGGGAGCCGAUUAUGUGGUCGGUGUUGAUUUGGAUGAGAAUGUUUUCCAAAUUGCUAAAUCAAAUCUAGAAGAAUUAGAUGAACUUUUUCCUGGUAAACCUCCGAUUGAUUUUGUCCAUGAUGAUGUUACAAAAUGUUCACUCGAGAAAAAAAGUUUCGAUGUUGCCAUUUUUAAUCCUCCAUUUGGUACCAAAGGUAAUUCUGGAAUUGAUAUUGAAUUCUUGAAAGUUGCUCUCAAUUUAACAAGAGAAUCAGUUUAUUCAUUACACAAAUCAGCCACAAGAUCUUUUAUUCUGAAAAAAGGUGAACAAUUUGGUGUAAAAUCUGAAGUUUUAGGACGAUUUUCAUACGAUUUACCUGCAACUUAUGCUCGACAUACAAAAGCCAACAAAACAAUCGAUGUUGAUCUUUUCCGAUUUACCCACAAAAAGUGAUCAACUAAUCAACUAAUCAACAUCCAAACAUAAUUGAAUCAAAUUUCCAACAAAAACAAACAUAAACAAACAUAAAUACCAAUCAGAAAACUUGUAAAUUAAUCAAAAACCUGCCCAAUCAACAGCUCUCACUAAUCACUAACUAUUCGUCCACAUCUGAGCACAAAUGUUUAAAUUCAAUUAAAUAAAAUUCUCUUUCAAUUUUACUAAUCGACUUAAUUAAAUUCCAGUUUUGAUUAAGAAAUCGCACAGUUUGAAAAGCCCGCGUUUCUCCGCGAGCCGAUCAAUAUGGCCGGCGAUGGCUCCACCCACCAGCAGAAUCUUCAAUCUUAUUCCCGAGCUGAAUUAUCAUCAAAAUGUGACAUUUUAAAUGUCAUCAAUGUUUCAAUCAAUUUUUAAUUUAUUUAUUAUUUUAGUUUAAUUAAAUCCCGUUAAGAAAAUUACCAACUACACGAAGCUGAACCUAUUGUAAUUUAAUCGGUUGUUAAUUAUCUACUUUAACUGAUCAAGAUGCGUUUAAAGAAAAGUUUUCUAGAAAAAUAGGAUUAAACAAGAGAUUUACUUAUUUCCUGACUUUCUAUAUGUUAAUUAAUUGAUGACUAGGGUCAACUUGUUUUGAUUCAAGUAA